CUUGCUGAGGAACGUAACAGCAUAAGUGUAUACAGUAGAUAUUGUAAUUAAGAAUUUCAUAAAGGUGUUAUAUUGUCUUGUAUUUCAGGUCAGAAGUGUUGGAGUGUGACUUACACCCAUCAGAGUAUCUGUGCCUUGAAGGGGUCAACAGUGGACAUAUCCUGCUCUUACACAUAUCCCAGUUACCAUGAGAUCAAAACAGCUUUCUGGUUUACUAAAUGGGAGUCUGGUAUGGAUCCUGAAGAUCUGAGCUCAGUGCCAGGGUAUGAGGGUCAUAUAGAGUACCUUGGGGGUAAUGAGAGUGACUGUACCUUGAGAAUCACAGUCCUGAGAUUUAAUGACUCUGUUGGGUACAGGUUCAGAUUCAUUACAUCUGGAGGAAAGUUUACUGGCUCACGUGUCUCCCUGACUGUCACAGAUGUUGUGUUGGAGAUGGAUCCUACAUCUGUGUCAGAGGGGGAGAAUGUCACACUGACAUGUAGAACCAAAUGUACACUGGACCCCAUCACAGCCUACAGUUGGUGUAAGACUGGACAGCCUAUACCAAACAGCAACACCUCCUCUCCUGUCUAUAUCCUAUUCUCAGURAGCAGUGAGGAUACAGGCAGAUACUCCUGUGCUGUAGAAGGCCAUGAGGAUCUCCACUCUGCUGAAGAGACUCUCACUGUCACAUGUAAGUACAUUGGAGGUUUGGACGUCCAGUUUGAUAUACUGAUCAUGUUGAUACUUGAGAAUAGAUMGUUUUCCACAUAA